GCAUCCGCAUCCACCAUGUCGAACUGAUACCCCACCCCCUUAAAUCAGGCCUCACCGCGGUUCAAAUAUCUCCGCCAUGUUGCGCCAGGCUACUCGAGCCUGCCCUCUAUGCGAGGUUCGCUCGUUGCUGGGUCCUAGCACUCCUCCCGUCUCGCAACAGACACGCCUCUACGCGCAGUUGCAGCGGGAACGAGCAACGCGCCAUGUUUCCGCGGCCUCGAGAACCCGUUCAGGGCCGCGCCCAUCGGCUGGAGUGAGGGGCGAAAAGCCACGACCAUCGCGCAUGGUGCUGUCGGACAAUGUCGCUCGGACCUCUCCAAGGAAGAAGCCAGAGCCCUUCUCUUACCUGAACAGAACAAGAGCUCCACCGAUGCUCGAGCGGCGGCGAGAACAGGCUUCGGAUAAAGAGAGGCGCCCUUCGAGCAGACAUACAGGGAGCAGAGAAAGAAAGAAUCGCUCGGAACCAUACCAUGCCCUGAAGAUGCAGAAGACGCUUCACGAAGUCCCUUAUGGAUCCCGCGCCGCCAUUAAGCGGAAGAUAGAGCAGAUCGACAGCUUCGAUGCAUUCCCGCUGGCGGACAAAGUCAAAGAAGCCAUCAAGGAUGCGUUGCCAGGGCUGGAGUACCGCAAUCCUACGCCUGCUCAAGCCAUUGCUAUUCCGGCAAUUCUUGGUCAGGAUGCCAAAAAGAGGACACGGCACCCAAGUACAAAAGCUGGUCUCCUGCCGACCGUGGAUGCAAUCAAGCGCGAAGAGGCGGCGGAUGCAGAGCAACAAGCGCGCGAGGAAGCGGAGGAGGCCGCCAAAAGAGAACUCGAGAAGAGGGAUGACAUGUUUGCGUUGGAGCCACCACCUUUGAACAAGGCGACCGACCCGGCCCGGCCUCGAGCUGUCAUCCUGGUCCCUUCUGCGGAGCUGGUUGCGCAGGUUGGCGCCGUAGCGAAGUCCCUGUCUCACACCGUCAAAUUCCGGGCAGCGCCUAUCUCGGCGAAGAACACUGCAACUGUUAUUCGUAGCCGCCUCUUCAACGAAAACGGCGUGGACAUCAUCAUCAGCACAGCUCCCCUGCUGGCCAGCAUCGCUGAGAGCAAUCCCAACAUCCUCAGUCGUGUGACCCAUCUCAUUGUCGAUGAGGCCGACUCGCUUUUCGAUCGAUCCUUCAAGCCUAGCACAACCGAGAUUCUGGAGAGAGCCACACCUUCGUUGAAGAAACUCAUUCUGUGUUCUGCCACGAUCCCACGAUAUCUGGACAAGUAUCUCGCAGCUCGGUAUCCGGACAUGAAACGACUUGUCACCCCCAACCUCCACGCAAUCCCCCGUCGUGUCCAGCUCGGUGUUGUCGAUGUGAACAAAGAUCCGUAUCGUGGCAACAAGAUGUUGGCAUGUGCAGAUACGAUAUGGCAGAUUGGCAAAGCCAGCGGAGAUUAUGACCCUGUCGAGGGCAGGGAGCCGCUGCAGACGAAACGCAUUUUGGUUUUCGUGAAUGAAAGGGAGGAUACGGACGAGGUGGCGCAAUAUCUGGUAAAGAAGGGCAUCGACGCCGUUGCCUUUCAUCGCGACACGGAUCCUGGACGCCAAGCCAAAGCGCUGGCAAGCUUCACUGGUACCGGGAAGGAGGACGAUAAGCAGCCAGAGAGCCCCUCGUCGAAUUCUACUGGAAAGUGCAGGCUCCCCAACACCAAGGUCAUUGUGACGACAGAUCUUGGCUCGCGGGGUAUCGAUACUGUGGCCGUGAGGCAUGUCAUUCUCUACGAUGUACCUCACACGACGAUUGACUUCAUUCACCGCCUCGGCCGAACCGGUCGCAUGGGCCGACGUGGGCGGGGAAUUGUGCUUGUUGGCGCUGGCGACCGAGCCGACGUGGUUAAGGAGGUUAAAGAUGCCAUGUACCGCGGCGAGGCUUUGAUCUAGAAUUUCUUCAUAUUGUAUAUCCCUGUAUAGGUAUGUGUAUGAUAUCCCCGCGUCGGUAAGGGCUGCAUAGCGCAUUGCAUGGCGUUGGACAUGGUAUUUUUAUCUAUCCUCGUUUCUCAACCUUUUCCUCAUCCUAGGAUUUCCUGCAUGUGCGCAAUCAAGGGUGCUGAAACUGCUAUCCCACAUAUUAGACAUCCAGUCUUUGACCACCACAGAGGUGACACUCUGCGGGUGGUUGUGACUGAGGUGUUACUGAGGUGGGAGAGAGUAAUGUUCGUACAACUCCGCGUAGUCUUCUGUAGCGCCGGCUUGCAUGUCUGGCGUUGCAUAGAUUGAUGGAGUAACAUAAUA